AUGUCUAGAUUAACAAGCACUCUACAAGAUUUACUGGGGAAGGAAGACUAUCGUCGUCUCAUUGACAAUCCUUCUCUAGAAAACUAUCUAUCUGCUGGAGAACAUCUUCCCCUCAAGACCCUUUCUGAAAGUCUCCGUCAAACCAAAGCAAAACUUAGUUUGACUUCACAGCAAGAAAAGCGAUAUGUCGACAGUAUAUUAUACGACGAAUACGACCGCAUCGCCGAGGAGGCCGCGGCAAACGUUGCGUGGUGGGGAGCUUUUGCCGAUAUGGCGUUCCACGAUCUAACUGAUCAUCACUACCGGGACCUCCAUAAUCCAGGGGCCGUGGGUCUGCUCAAAGUAAGAAUGGGAGUGGCUCGUGUAAAUAGUGGCCCUGCCGCUUUAACUGUUUCUGCUAUUGCCAGAGACUUCGAUGAAAAGAUACUACCAGUGUGUGCCGAUGCCUCUCUUUCUACUUCCGAGCGACUUAGAAUCCUCAGGAAUCAUCUUACAGAUGCGAAUAGAUUUCAGUCCAUCAGCAACUUAUACGGCAAUACUUUCGACACACUCCUCGUCGACUUCCUUCACGCCGUCCUGGGACCCACGGCGCAGUCUGACUCUCUUUCUGAUGAGAUCAUUGACGAUUCUACAGGUUUAAGCCUGGAGCAAUAUCUUACGCCGGUUACAAUUUCUGGGCCCUCCACUCUUUCAGCCAAGAUAAGAGGCCUUCUAGCUGUUGGCACUGAAGAGACUAAAAAUGCGGCUCUUGUUCUAAGUGGUAUCCAACAUACACGGGGACGACUGGGCUUGAUGGGCGAUGAUAACCAUGACACAUGGCCUCUUGAGGAAUGCAUACGAGUAGUGUCAUAUUACUUCACUGAGUGCCGCAAGUACUGGCGCUAUACAUUAGACGAUACCAAGGCGGUUGAGAAAUGGCUCAUUGAUGGUGCUCUUCUAGCGAACAUGCCUGAGGUUCUGUGCUGGCUUAUUGAAGAAAAUAAACAUAUAUAUUUGGAACUUGCCAUGUACCUGUAUGGAUAUUCAUUAGGGAUCAGGCAGGGUUAG